AUGUUACCACGAGUCGUAUCAAGAAGAAUUCUCCCCCAAACAAGAGCCCCAAUCGCAAGAAGAUUCGCCUCUGACGUCGAAGCAGGAGAAAUUAAGGGAAACAGAUUCAAGGAUCAUAAACUCGAAGAAACCCCAAAGACUUCUGGUUACAAGCCUCACCCUCACGCCUCUGCCGGUAUCACCAAUGGAACUGCUGGCAAAAGAUUGUUUCCUACAUUUUCCAGCGCAUACAACUCAUACAAACAGGAAAUACCCAAAGCAUUUGGUGCGCUAGCUGCUAUUGGUGCCAUUUUGCUUGUCUGGCCGGCCUUGGUGGUCAAAUCAAGCAAUUUUAUUGACGAUGUACCACAGACUAGUACUGCAGCGGUGACGAUCGAUAAGUUUGGCUUAACUGGCGCCAAGCCAGUUGUUGAUAUUCCGCAAACUUAUUCCAGAAAGGACAAGCCUGCUGACGACGAUGAGUAG